AUGGUCCGUCGUGGCAAGGAACGAGACUUGGGCAAUGCCUUCAAACCAGGAUCGAACGAUCCUACCUUAGCAUCUUAUUACGGGGAGGACAACCCAGCAAGUCCGUCUUGGCCUCCAGUCCAGACAUCAAGCUACUCCUGGGGGUCACCAGAAGCCGACAGCCCUUUUGAAGGAGUCAACUCCUGCCCGCCUGCGCUUUGGUACCCUGGCGAAAGACCGGGGGCUCAGGCUAGCUUGUCGGGGGAGAGAUCCCUCAACCGGCAGCCGGGUGAAGUGGCACGGGACGCCGCCAAAUUGAUUCCAUUACAUAUUGCGGGGCCCUCAGAAAGCACCCGCUCCGAGUCCCUUCCUUCGUCAGAUAAUGACGAGGGCUUGGGAAUCAUGGGAACCACAGGUCCUUAUCGCCAGACGGCAGCGUCUUCCUCGAAGAAGCUCAAGCUUGCUAGGGCCUCUAGAACCUCGAGAAAGACCUCAUCACUGGUCAAGUGCGAUCGGUCGAACGAGUCUGGACUUCCUUGCGGUGAAACCUUCCCGCGUCCAACGGAGCUCAACAAGCACAUCAAGAAGGUGCACGACGAGCCUGCUUUCGAAUGCGCUGCGGCUGCGGCGCUCAAGUGCUCGAAGAUGUUUAAGUCGGAGAGAGAAAUGAUCCGCCACGUGCGAAGCUCUCAUCGCCAAUUUGCAGGUCAGCCAGAGAAUGGCACGGCCCAGGAGAUCAUGGAGUGCGUCCUAUGUAAUCAGACCUUUGAGCGCGACGAUCAUUAUACGCGCCACUUCAGGGAGCAGAAUGGGGGUAAGCGGAGGGGUUCCGGAAAGAAGUGA